GCUCUCACAAAACGUACUGACGUCAUGUCAAGAUUUGUUCUCAGUCAGUAAUUCCCAGUCUAGAGAGUGUUAAUAUCACAUCGGCAAUAGAACAGGAAUCGGGAUGUGCAUCCGGUCAGGUAGAAAAGGUGCUGUUGGGUUUACUGUGUGGAUGUGCUGGUUUGCAUGCUGGGUAGAGGAAAGAAGCUAAUCUAAAAGGUCUUUGCAGGUUUCACUGUACUUUGAUCGCAGACUGCAGGAAACCAGUUAAUCUGAAAAACUUGAAAGCAGAUCCUAACAAAUCAUUGCAAAUGAGGAACGUGUAUGCUGUUUCCCAAUAAAAAAAAUAAAAAAUAAAAUUGAACUGCCUACAUUCUGAAGACUGCUUGAAUUAAGCUCACAGAACUGCACAAUGGAAAGCAUUCUGUUUAAUGCACAUUCCUGUAGCUCCAACCAGAGACAUUUAAACAUGAAAGUUAUAUGUCUAUUUGUUGUGAUUUGUUUAACUGUUGUCGUUUACACUGAUGAAGAUUAUUAUAAACGUCUUGGAGUGUCAAGAGAAGCAAGUACGAGAGAAAUAAGGCAGGCCUUCAAAAAGCUUGCCCUGAAGAUGCAUCCUGAUAAAAACCCAAGUGAUGAAGAGGCACACGACAGGUUUUUGAAAAUUAACAGAGCCUAUGAAGUUUUAAAAGAUGAAGAUCUCAGAAAGAAAUAUGACAAAUAUGGAGAGAAGGGGCUUGAGGACAACCAUGAAGGAGGAAGAUAUGAAAGCUGGAAUUUCUACCGUUAUGAUUUUGGCAUCUAUGACGAUGAUCAUGAGAUCAUUACCUUGGACAGAGGAGACUUUGAUGUAGCAGUUAACUCUGGGGAACUGUGGUUUGUGAAUUUCUACUUCCCUCGAUGUUCACACUGCCAUGAUCUAGCACCAACGUGGAGAGAAUUUGCUAAAGAAAUGGAUGGAGUGAUCCGGAUCGGGGCUGUAAACUGCGGUGACAACAGAAUGCUCUGUCGAUCAAACGGAAUAAACAGCUAUCCCAGCCUGUACAUUUAUAAGGCAGGAAUGAAUCCAGAGAAGUUUUUUGGAGACAGAACAAAGAAAAGUCUUCAAGAUUUUGCUAUGCAGUUUGUGAAAAGCAAAGUAACAGAGCUGUGGGCAGGCAACUUUGUGGAGACUGUCGAAAAAGCUUUUAGUUCAAGAAUUGGAUGGCUAGUAACGUUUUGCGCAGAAUCAGGAGACUGUCUGGGAUCAGAAAGUCGUCACAAAUUAGCUGGGAUGCUGGAAGGUCUGGUUAAUGUAGGGUGGAUGGACUGCUCCACGCAAGCCCAGCUUUGUGACAGUUUUGAUGUUACAUCUAGUACUACGGCUUAUUUCCCUCCCGGAACUACCCUUAAAGAUAAAGGCGGUGUGCUGUUUCUUAAUACCCUUGAUACAAAGGAGAUUUACACUGAAGUUAUGAAACGUUUACCUGAUUUGGAAGAGCUUACAAGAGAAACAUUUAAGGAGAAACUGGCCCAUCACCGCUGGCUUCUGCGUUUUACUUUUGGUGAGAAGGAGUCAGGCACACAUGAAUACAAAAAGCUUAACACUCUUUUAAAAAAAGACAAUAUACAGGUUGGAAGGAUUGACUGCCAGUCAGAAUCAGAUUUGUGUAAUUCUUUAUACAUCCACCAUCCAAGCAUAGCAGUCUUUAAGGGCACCGGCAUAAAUCAUUUUGAGAUCCACCAUGGGAAGAACAUUUUGUAUAAUAUUGUUGCCUUUGCAAAAGAUAGUGCUAGUGCCCAUGUUGUGACACUUGGACCAGAAACCUUCCCAAACAAGGAGAAAGAGCCUUGGCUUGUGGACUUCUUUGCACCAUGGUGUCCUCCUUGCCGUGCUCUGCUCCCAGAGUUAAGGAAAGCUUCGAAACAUCUAUUUGGUCAGUUGAAGUUUGGCACGCUUGAUUGUACUGUCCAUACAGAGCUUUGCAGUGUGUACAACAUCCAGGCCUACCCAACAACAGUUAUAUUCAACCAGUCGAGCAUUCAUGAGUAUGACGGCCACCACUCCGCUGAUGGGAUUUUGGAGUUCAUUGAGGAUCUUGUUAAUCCCUCAGUAGUAACAUUUAACCCUGAUACAUUUGAUGAACUAGUAAAAAACAGAAAAACUGGUGAGAGCUGGUUGAUGGAUUUCUAUGCGCCAUGGUGUGGUCCAUGCCAGGCACUGUUGCCAGAAUGGAAAAGAAUGGCCAGGCUUUUGAGUGGAAUUAUCAACGUUGGAAGUGUUGACUGUCAGAAGUAUCCUUCCCUCUGUCAACGAGAAAGUGUUCAUGCCUAUCCUGAAAUCCGCUUCUACCUGCCAAAAUCGCAAAAUGGGGAUGAAUAUCAUAGCUACAAUGGGUGGCACAGAGAUGCAAAUUCACUAAAAGCUUGGGCAUUGGGAACUCUUCCUCGCACUUCAGUUGAUUUAACACCUGAAGAUUUUAAUAAGAAAGUACUGAAUGGUGGAGACCACUGGGUUAUUGAUUUCUAUGCACCUUGGUGUGGGCCGUGCCAGAAUUUUGCCCCAGAGUUUGAACUUCUAGCCAGGUCUGUUAAAGGACGUGUAAAAGCUGGUAAAGUGGAUUGUCAAGCUUAUCCACAAACAUGCCAGGGAGCUGGAAUAAAGGCUUAUCCUACUGUCAAAAUGUACCCCCACCUUGGGGAAAAGAAGAAAAGUGCAGAGGGAGAAUAUAUAAACAGUCGAGAAGCCACAGUGAUAGCUGACCACCUGAAUAUGCGGUUAAAACAGAUAUCCCCUCCGUUACAGGACCAAUCCAAACUCAAGGAUGAGCUCUAACAGAUUGGGACAACUGCCCCAAAAUUCCUUUAAAAGUUUGCGAGGUGCACCACCCAAAAUGUAAAAAAACAAAAAAAAUCAGGAUGAAGCAAAUCUUGGAUUAAAAAAAAAAAAAAAAAAAAAAAGUUAUAUUGGCAUGAUGUGUAUAUGUGGGAUAGUCUUUACUUGGUGGUUUCAUUUAUUACUGUUGUGUUAUUUGUGGCUAACAAACGUUAGUUUAUUGAAAUUGAAUUUUGUAAACAUCAAGAAAAAAAUAAUCUGAUUUGAGGCAUGUAAUUCAUUCUUGAACUGCACCAAAGGCUUGAAGUAGUGAGAUUAUGUAAUGUUUUUGACAGGUGUUGGAAAUAUAAACACAUAUAAUUGCCUCCUUUAGGCAAUUUGAGCAAAUGUAUUUUAAAAUAAGCAAAACCUGAUGGCAGCAAAGUAUUGAACAUUGUUUGGCAAUCAAAAAAGUAUCUUGUUUAAUUUAAUAGGCUGAGAAAUAAAAGAAAUGCAGACAAAUUAUCAUUUUAGGCCAUUAAAAUAAGCUUAAAACUAGUCUAUAAACUGCUGCAGUUUAUAUUUUUUCAUUUAGGAGUUUUUUUUUUGUUGUUUUUGGUAAAGGAAUUCUAUUUUUGGAUUUUAAUUAUGUUUUAAUGUUAUUUUGAUUUAUGAAAUAUAAAUAUGGUGUACAGUAUUUACUUAAGGCCACAGCAAACAUUUUGCUACAGGUAAAUUACAAAAUGUAGAGACACUAUGGCUACUUACACACAUAGGCUAAAUGCGAUUGUGAGUUCACCAAUUGCUCUUAAUACGGUUUGUAUACACACACAGUUUGGUUACAAAGGGCAGCGACAACUGCGCUAGUUAAUCCUUUUCAGAGCAAGUAUCAAGUGUGGUUAUUAGUUAAUGCUCACAAACCUUGUGUGAGUGUGUAUUACAACCGCACUAACACAAAUGAAGUUGGUGCUCUGUGGAUUUCUGUGCAGCUAAUGAUGUCACUGUUUAUCAGACAUUUCUGUGUGAUGAACAUGGCUAAAAAAAAAAAAAUCCAAAAACAAUGUGGGACAUUUCGUAUCCCCAAAGGCCACAGUGCAACCGCAACUCGUUUUUCCACCGAUACCG